AUGUCGUACGAAAGAGCUGAUAUAUACUCCACCAACGUCUUGCCUGGUGAGACGCCAGCCGAUAACUCAUUUAAUGAGAUCGUCAAAGUCUUCCGGUCUUUCAUCUUAGAGUUCCGUUUGAACACUCAGUUUAUCUACCGUGAUCAACUCAGAGAGAAUUUGCUUAUCAAAAACUACUACCUUAAGGUGAAUACCGAGCAUCUCAUUGCCUUCAAUGAAGAAUUGAACAAGAAACUUAACGAUGACCCCAUCGAAAUGAUUCCUCUCUUCGAGAGCGCCAUCACCCAGAUCGCCAAGAGAAUCGCAUACCUUUCCAAUGACGAAGUCCCUGAAGACUUCACUAAUAACUGUCAAUUGAUCUUAUACUCCAAUGCCAUGAAGACUUCCAUCAGAGAUUUGGACUCCGAUCACAUCUCGAAGAUUGUUCGUAUCAGUGGAAUAAUCAUCUCGGCGUCAGUGUUGAGUUCCAGAGCUACACAGGUACAGUUGCUUUGUAGAAAUUGUAGACACACCAUGAAGUUGAAGGUAAAUAACGGGUUCGGCCAGUUGCAGUUACCCAACAAGUGUCAGGGUACACACAACAUGGAAGAUAAUGCUAACAAGUGCCCUAGCGACCCAUAUACUAUAGUACACGACAAGUCCAGCUUUGUCGAUCAACAGGUAUUGAAGCUUCAAGAAUCUCCAGAUAAUGUCCCUGUUGGUGAAAUGCCAAGGCACAUUAUUUUACAAGCCGACAGAUAUAUGACCAACCAGGUGGUCCCUGGAAGUAAAGUAACUCUUGUUGGGAUCUAUUCUAUCUACCAGUCCAAGCAAAAGUCCGGUGGAAACGGUGUAGGAGGAGCAGUUGCCAUUCGCAAUCCAUAUAUGAAAAUCUUGGGGAUCCAAAGUGAAGGUGAGAAUCUCAAUGGAGGUGGUUUGACCUUCUCAGAAGAAGAAGAAGAGGAAUUCUUAAAGUUGUCCAGAUUGCCCAAUUUGUACGAAGCUUUCGCCAAGUCGAUUGCUCCCUCAAUUUUCGGAAACGAUGACAUCAAGAAAGCCAUAACUUGCUUGCUUAUGGGAGGCUCUAAGAAAAUCUUACCAGAUGGGAUGAGAUUGAGAGGUGAUAUAAAUGUGUUGCUCUUGGGUGAUCCAGGUACUGCCAAAUCCCAAUUGUUAAAGUUUGUCGAGAAGGUUUCUCCAAUAUCGGUGUAUACUUCAGGUAAGGGUUCGUCCGCUGCUGGUUUAACUGCUUCCGUUCAGAGAGAUCCCACCACCAGAGACUUCUACUUGGAAGGAGGUGCCAUGGUUUUGGCAGAUGGAGGUGUGGUUUGUAUCGAUGAAUUUGACAAGAUGAGAGACGAAGACAGAGUGGCCAUUCACGAAGCAAUGGAGCAACAAACCAUAUCCAUCGCUAAGGCAGGUAUAACUACGAUAUUGAAUUCCAGAACUUCAGUAUUGGCCGCUGCUAACCCAGUUUUUGGUAGAUACGAUGACUUGAAGAGUCCAGGUGAAAACAUCGAUUUCCAAAGUACAAUCUUGUCCAGAUUUGAUAUGAUUUUCAUUGUUAAGGAUGAACACAAUGAAGCAAGAGAUAUAACUAUUGCCAAGCACGUUAUGAACAUUCAUACUGGUUCCAAUAACAACGAAGAUAGUAACCAAGAGGGAGAAAUCCCUGUGGAAACAAUGAAGAGAUACAUUCAAUAUGUGAAGACUAAAUGUGCACCAAGAUUAAGUGCAGAUGCACUGGAAAGAUUAUCAUCACAUUUCGUUUCCAUCAGAAAACGUUUGCAGAUCAAUGAAAGUGAGAUGAAUGAAAGAUCUUCGAUCCCCAUCACUGUGAGACAAUUGGAAGCCAUUAUCCGUAUAACGGAAUCCUUGGCCAAACUCACCUUGUCACCAGUGGCUACGUCUGAGCAUGUCGAAGAGGCUAUCAGAUUGUUCACUGCUUCCACCAUGGACGCAGUUGACCAAGGUGUAUCGAGCGGUGGGUUGAUUACCACCGGAGAGAUGAAUAAGGAAAUCAAGAAAGUGGAGCAAGAAUUACGUAGAAGAUUGCCCAUUGGUUGGUCAACGGCAUAUAAGACCUUAAGAAGAGAGCUUGUCGAUUCAGGGAAGGCCAGUGUGGCUGCUUUGGAUAAGGCAUUGUAUAUUUUAGAGCGUCACGAGGUGAUCAAAUUCAGGCAUCAAAGACAGAACGUGUUCCGUUGUGGGAUUUAG